GGCUGGUCAAAGUCAAACGGGGCGUCGAACGAUUUUGCCAAUUUUGUUUUUUUGCGCAAGCCAUGGCAAGCCUGGCGAGCACCAGCUUUCUAGUGCCUGCGCGGUCGGCGACCCCUGCGAGGCCCCGAGCAGACGCGGUCGGUCGAGAGGUGCACCGGACGCUUCGUCGCACCGGGACGCGCGGGGCGGCGACGCUCAGCGCGUGCGUGUCGCUGGGCGUGGCGAGCCAGGCGGCCCGGAGGGUCAAAGUGCGAAGAUCUGCGAAACCCAAGUCGCCCAGGUUCGCCCCAGAGGUCCCCAAGAAGGAGGAGGCCGCCGACCCCGUGGCCGAAACCGUGGACCUCACCAACGGUGCGGCCGCGGCGCCGGCGGCGGCUGAAGCGCCCGUGCCACCGCGCGGGCCGCUGGCGCGCGUGAAGACGGGGCCGCAGAUGGUGCGGCGGAAGGUGCCACGUUGGGCGCCCGAUGGCGGAGGAGCUGAGCUCUUGGUGGCGGACAAAGGGAUUGGUGGUGAGCUGGACACCCUCACGGAGGAACAGGUGCCCGGAGACGGAAGGGUCUAUCGUGUGAUUUAUGACAUGGGCAUCGGCAUCCGCAAGGAGCCCAGCAUCGGCGCCAAGCGCACGGGCGAAGAUUUGCUGAACGGCGAGUGCUUCGAGAUCAAGACCGAGCUCCGCCGCGCUGGACGGCGCUACUUUGAGCUCCUGGACGGCCGUGGAUGGGUCUUCGACUGGACCGAGAUCAACGGGGAUCGAGUCGACUUGGUCGAGUUGGCUGCACAGCUCUACACAGUCGCCUUCCCCGAUGGCGUCAACGGCAUCGCCUGGAGCUCCGACCAGACGAUGCGCUUCUGCACCGUGAACGGCUUCACCAACGAGGGCGAAGCGACCAACUUAGCACAGGCCGGCAUUCGCACCGGAGACGUCCUGGUGAUGAUUGACCAGGAUCCAGUGGUGGGCAUGCCCUUUGGCACUGUCCUGGAGCGGAUUUGGGCAACGGCCGGGCGCCAGCCGGGCUCAGGCUACUUCUACAAGGUGACCACUGAGAACCCCUACGGCAUCGGGAUUCGCGACGAGCCGGACGUGGAUGGCCCGCGCACCGGGGAGGACUUGAUUCGAGGCUCCGUCUUUGAGGCGGCCGACCUCGUCCAGGAGGAUCUCACUUAUUUGCAUUUGGCUGAUCAGCGCGGCUGGGUCUUUGACAACUCGAUCUUCGAGCCCGAGAACCCGUGUGUGGUGAAUCUCGCAGAGAUCGAGCCGGGCUGCACGUUGACCAUGUGGCGUGGCGAGGUCGACGAGCUGGCGAAGACCAUUGGCCUGAAGUUCCGCCAGGACUCCAAUGAUGGCAGACCCUUCACACUCACCGUGCUGGAAGAAGGGGAGCCCAUUCAGCGGGUGCCGGUGGCGCCGGGCUCGAACCUUCGAAAGGCACUGCUGAACAACGGCUUUCAGGUCUAUCAAGACCUCCGGUCGGUCUUCAAUUGCAGCUCACGUGGUAACGCCAACCAGCUCUGUGGUACCUGCGUGUUAGAUGUGAUGGAGGCAGCUUCCGGGUCCGCUCCGUGAACGAGGCGGCGGUCAUGGCCGCCAAUCCGCCCAGCUUUCGGCUUUGCUGCAACAUCGAUGUCUACGGCGAUGUCACCGUAAGACUGCGGCCGCGCGGAGUGAAAUAUGGCGGUGGAACCAGCUGAGCCGAGGAUCCCUAGGAUCGCCCCGGUCACAGCCAUGCGGCCUGAAGACCCCCCUGAAGGAGCGAUCCGUUCGCCAUCUGCAGGGAGCUGGUCCCUCGCCGUGGCGUAGCCAGCGGGAUCCCACACUGCCGACGCACACGUCGACAUGGAAGUGGAUGGCAGCGUUCAUCACGGAGGGGGUUGGUCUUCCGAACUCGAUCCGCUUCCGAUGCGUUCGUCAGAGGGGGCCGGGCAUGGUCUGGUCACCCACCGCUUUUCAAACCCGCUCCGUCCAUCGCCAUGUUGGGGAUCCCAGCAGAUGCCCAGAGGCCAGUCACCAGGGUGAGGCCCAGCCAAAAGACCAUCAUGUUUUG